UCACAACAAUUCAAAGUAGUUCAUUCAUUAGUUGGAAUUGGCUACCAAGAAAUGCAAUUUAGUUUAAAUAAGCUGUCGAGGAGAAUAUUUGAGUGCGUAAAAUCAACUGUGACGGUACAUAGUUGGCUUGUGCAUUUCGCUUUAUCCUUAACGUUUCGUGGCCUAAGCCUACGUACCUUGCAUGUUUAUAUAUAUUUAAUUAAUCUCAUGUUAACAUUUUGAAAAAAAGUGAAAACAACAAUUUAAUUGGUAAACGUUUAUAAAUAGGGAAUAAUGAGCGAAACACAAUUAUUGAAUUCUACGAAUGAUACCAGUCCUGACUUCACAUCUUCACAUAUAAGCACAAGCUGGUCACACUUACCUGUUAAAUUUACUUGCUGUGAUGCAGAUCAAGAAGAGUUAGAUGAUUCAUCAUUUCCUGUUGAAGGAGCUAGCGGUGAUGGAUUUUCUCAGCAUGUACGCAAUCAGUUUGGAAGUGAUACCAGUGAACCAUUAAGUGCAUCAAGUCCACUUGGUUUAGAUGGUGUCAAAAGUAAUUUGAGGAAUUCACUUGCAUCUAUACCGAAUCAUCUAUCUGUAGAAUACAGUAAUAAUCGACAGUCGUCUAAUAGUACUAAGUCAGUGUCUCCAGACUGUAGCACAACUAGUUUACUGCGUACCUCAAAAACAAGUUCAUCUGUGCUGACAAUGAUGAACACUAGUAAACAGCAUAAUAAUAAUACUAAUGCAAAUGUCAGUGAUGAUAGUGGUGUUAUCGAUAAAAUCCCAUCGCUUGGUGUAAGAUCAAAUUCUAAUCUAACUAUUUCAUCCUGGUCAACUGUACAAAGUCGUCAUACUGGCAAAUCAAGUCCUACACAAUUAUCUGCAUUAUCUAAUCAAAAUGUUUUCAAAUCAAGUACUCGAGCUUCAUCAAGACGUCUUGCAAGUUUAUAUAAUACAAAUAUGCCUGUAAAUCAUUCAACAACAUCAACAACAACAACAACGAUAACAGCACCACCACAACCACCACCACCACGUUCAUCAAUUCCCCUAUCAACAAAACGUUCAAGUCCAUUUAAACGACGUUAUCCACGAAAUUUAUUACAUGUACCAUUAAAUGGUAAUUGGACUGAAGAUAUAUUUUGGACAUUAAACAACAACACCACCAAUAAUCAUAAUAAUAACAGUAAUACUAACAAUCAUACUACUACUAAUAGUAAUAAUCAUAGUACUAUUACUUCUAUCACUACUAGUACUACACCUACUAGUAAUAAAAAUGUUCACGCCUUAUCGUCAUCCACCACCUCCGCAUAUAAAACAAACGGUAAAUCGAAACGUCGUAGGCAUCGUCAGUCAUUAACUCCAUCAUAUCGAUCUAAAUUGGAUCAAUUUCGACGUAUUUUUCGCGGUACUCCUGUCGACACUGAUCGUUUACUUGUCGAUUAUUCGUGUGCAUUAUCUAAGAAUAAUAAUGGUCUGUUACUUCAAGGACGAAUGUAUAUCACUGAGACAUGGGUAUGCUUUUACUCGAAAAUACUCUACGAACAAAAGAUAUUCUUAGCAGUCAAUGAAAUUGUUUCUAUUACAAAAGAGAAAACAGCCCGUGUUAUCCCCAAUGCAAUACAAAUUUUAUACUCAAAAAGUCAUGAACGGUUUUUCUUCACAUCAUUCGCUUCAAGAGAAAGAACUUAUGCUAUACUACGUAAAGUAUGGGAGAAUUGUCGGAAUCAUCAGGCAAUGAGUAUUGAAGAGAUACUACAGCAAAUUCGUGAUAUGUACGGUGAUCAUAGUCUGGCUAUGGUCGAAGAUGAGGAUACCGAUGCGGAGGCGGAUUUAGCACCGACUACCUAUUCGCAUAGAUUACGCUCAAUGUCCGAUUCAUCGAUGUCCUCUCAACUCACCGGUACAGGUCGUUCAAAAUCCGGUUCCCUUGAAGAUGUCUGGCAUUCAGAUCAACCAGUAAAUCAUGAUCAAUCGUCAAAGUGUUCAGCUCUAGGCACUACAGAUGAUGAAUUAAAAGUAGCUGGCUCAGAUGGUGAUGUCCUCCUAUCCCGUGGUCCAUCUUUUUCAAAUCCAAGUCAAUUAAGCAUUGUUGACAGUAAUUCCAUGCAUCAACUGAAAGAGAUCACUACAAUCCGACGUUGUCCUACACCUGAAGUUCUCUGUCCUAUUACUACAUCAUCAGCAGCAGUGAAUCAUCAUCAUCUACCCGAUGAAAUUGUCUCUGAUAGUGUACCGACUUCAAUGAAAUCUAGUAAAGAGAAAAAGAAACGUGUACGUAAACGACGUAUUGGUGGAUCCCGUCAUCAUGAUGAUAUCACGAAUACACUGAACCCUGAAUGUAAUUAUUUAAACACUCAUCAUGAUCCAUCAUCAUCAUCACCAUCACCGACACAAACGUCGUUAAUGCAUUCUUUAGAUCUUCAUCUACCUGCUGUUACUUGCAGUCCAGGACAUGAUCAUCCGGGUAGAGUAUAUGUUGAUACAGACAUACCAUUAAGUGUUGAUGCUUUAUUUCAUUGUAUUUUUACAGAUUCAGAAUUUUUUUCACGUCUUAGUGAAAUCCGUGGUACAUUUGGUAUGGUCCAGUCGCCUUGGCCAGUAUUUAAAUGGUUUAAUUCUUCAUUGGAUCAAGUUGACAGUACUGCCAGCACCCCCCAGAUUCCUCCGACUAGUACUACUCUGAAUGGUAAUAAAGUCGAGCGGACGAUUACUUAUACACUGACAUUGAAACAAAAACUUGGUCCAAGAACAUGUACUGCAGUAGAACAACAGACAUUGUUAUUAAGUGAAUCCGAAUUUGGCAAACGAUAUGUUGUUGACGCAAAAGUUACUAAUCAAGCUGUACCACUGUGCAAUUGUUUCUGUGUUGUCAGCCGUUACUGUCUACUGCGUGUGAAUCCUACAACUAGUCGUCUACAUGUCUGUUCUCAGGUGAUCUAUGAGAAACCAGUUUUCUUCGGGGCAAAAAGUAUCAUAGAGAAUACAUGUAAUUCUGGUCUAUCAGACUUUUUUGAUACUCUCACGAUACAGUUAACCGGGUUUGCAACAAACCUUUCAAUGGAAGAACGUCUCACCGGAGGUUGGUUAACACAGAAACGUGGUUGUGUAAAUAAUAAUAAUAAUACCAAUAGUAAUGAAGUGUCUUCAAUUCCCCAGAUGCAUCAUCAUCGAAUGCUCCCUCACCAUCAUCAUGGAACAACAGUUCAAGAUGUUGUCAGCACAGCUAGUCAUCAAGAGAAUCGUCGAAAUAAAAAUGACGUCAAUGUAUCAGUUAAAAGCAAAUUAACCACCACACAUAAUAAAGUGCCUACAGUGAAAUAUUCUGAUCAAGGUAAACAAAAUGUAUUCAAUAGUUGUUUGAAUGGAACAACUGGUAAAAGACCAAUCAAUGGUAAUAAUAAUAACAGUAGCAAUAAUAAUAAUGUUAGCUAUUUCGGAUCUGGAGAUAUGACGUAUUUAUUUAUGCGACCAGAUCGGGCAUGGCUGUUAUUAGUUAUUAUAAGCUUACUACUCUGUUUAUUCCUAUCAAUGGUGUAUAAUCGUUUAGUUGUAUUAGAAAAGUUAGCUGAACAAUUCCCCUCUUCGCCUACAUCAUCAUCAUCGUCGUCGUCCUCGACUGUUCGAGAUCAAGAUUAUAUGUCAGAUUUAUUUGGUUCUUCAUAUUCUAAAGAGAAUCCAUUAUUCCCUUCAUCAUCAUCAUCUCCAUCAUUUACAGGGAAAGAUGAACGUGAACCAUCAAUAUACAAGGAUCAGAUGAAUGGUCAAGGAACAAGAUUAAAAGUGAUGAAAGAUCUUAUACAGUUAUUGUCUAAAACACUUACACAGAUGCAACAAACAUUAACACAAGUACGUCAAGGUAUAGAGUUGCUUGAAGUUCCACCAUCUAGUGUUGUAGGCAACAGUGGUGCUGCUGGCGGUGCUGCUACUGGUGGUGAUAUACAACAAGCCAGUGUGAAUUUCAAUAUGCCUACAAUGAAUUCUGGUCUCGAUUGUACAUCAAAUACAAAAGAUGCUCCUGUCACUUGAAAUCAAAUCAAUACAUCCAUCCAUCCAUCCACCCUUGAUCAUCAUCAUCAUCAACACUCACAUCAACACCCACACACAACCACGCACACUUACACCAUCUCUGCUCCAGUCCCCAUAUUAACUAGUCAAAUUAAUAAUACUAAUAAUACUAAUAUUUGUCAUUCGUUAUUUGAUUCUAUCCCUCCUUUUUUUCUAUAAAUAUAUAUUGUAAAAGUUAACCCCCAUCUGAUUGAUACUCACAGACUAUUUAUUAUUGAUGACCACGAAAAAACAACAAGAACAACAACAACAGCAACAAGCCCCUCUUAUUUUUCAAACUCUCCACCUUAAUUAUCCGUGGCUCAGAAUGAUCUUUCAUUUAAUAAUCCUAGGCUGAUGUGACGAUGAGCCCAUCAUCAUCGCCAUCAUAUUCUUACAUCUUUUUUAACACUGUGAUAAUUAAUCCAUUCAUCCAUCUAUCAAUCUAUCUAUCCAUUUGCUCCAAUUAGUCGUCAUUUUUCUAUACGCAUACAUGCACAUACACACACGCGCGAAACACGCCCAUACGCACAUAAAUACACACAUACAUGCAUGGAUAGACCAGCAGGAGCCAGUCCGUGAUCCUAUUAAACACCAUAAUAAUAAUACACCUACGCCACCUAUUAUUACAUAUUUUGUUGAUUUGUCCCCUGUACUCUAUUCGACUGUCCUGUACUGUAUUCUACCUCUUCUUUUCGUCUUCAUUAUGGCUAAUAUUUACACAUUUUUUUAGAAAAAAUUUUAAUUUGUACGUCUUUCGGUUACUUUCUCCUUUUCUCUCUCUGGUUAAAAUAAAAAUAAAGAUGAUUGUUUAAAGGAAAAAGAAAAAA